AUGGGCAGCCUGCUGAGCGGGGUCAGCUUCAAGGAGCCCACCACGGUGGAGGACUGCGACUCCACCUGGGAGACCGACUCGGAGCCCGAGGCGGCGGAGCCGCGGCGGCAGGAGGGGGUGUGCUCCGCCGCGGGAGGCGGGGAAGAGCCGCCCGAGCCGCCCGCCGCCGACUGCCGGCCCCGGGAGCCGCCGCCGACCCCGCCGGCGCAGGAGGACGCGGAGCGGGCAGAGGCGGACGCCGCCAGCCCCGAGCAGAGUGGUGAUGGAACUGAGCUGACAGCCAAGCCAAAGAGAAGCUUCUAUGCAGCAAGAGAUUUAUACAAGUACCGACACCAGUAUCCAAACUUUAAAGAUCUUCGGUAUCAAAAUGACUUGUGCAAUCUCCGGUUUUACAAAAAUAAAAUCCCAUUUAAACCUGAUGGAAUUUAUAUUGAAGAAGUCCUAAAUAAAUGGAAAGGAGACUAUGAAAAACUGGAACAUAACCAUACUUACAUACAGUGGCUUUUUCCACUGAGGGAACAAGGUCUGAACUUCUAUGCUAAAGAAUUAACUACAUAUGAAAUUGAGGAAUUCAAGAAAACAAAAGAAGCAAUUAGAAGAUUCCUUUUGGCUUACAAAAUGAUGUUGGAGUUUUUUGGAAUAAAAUUAAUUGAUAAAACUGGAAACGUAGCACGAGCUGCUAACUGGCAAGAAAGAUUUCAGCAUUUGAAUGAGUCUCAACAUAACUACUUGAGAAUCACUCGAAUUCUGAAAAGUCUUGGCGAACUUGGAUAUGAGAGUUUCAAAUCUCCCCUGGUAAAAUUUAUUCUGCAUGAAGCUCUUGUGGAAGAUACCAUUCCCAACAUUAAGCAAAGUGCUCUGGAAUAUUUUGUGUAUACUAUUAGAGACCGAAGAGAAAGGAGGAAACUGCUGAGGUUUGCCCAGCAACAUUAUACGCCCUCAGAGCAUUUUAUCUGGGGACCCCCAAGGAAACAGAAGUCAGAGGGAAGCAAAGCAAAUAAAAAGCCAGCAUCUCCAGUUUCUAUUCCCAGUAGUCAUAUUUCUAAGCAUAAGAAACCGAAAGAGUCUAAGAAUGCUUCGGCAAGUGGAAGCUCAGCUGGUAAAAUAACUGAAGAAAGAAAGGUAGAAUUCACAAAAAAUGGGGAAGAAAAUCAUCAGGAUGAACAAGAAGUGAACUGUGAUGCUGUUAGGCAGAGCAACAGUGAAAAGAACAGUGACACUGAUACCAGUCAGCUUUCAAAAUCAGAAGAAAUUCAUGAUAAUUCAGACAGAAAGGAGGACGAUUCUCAUUCCAAAAAAGAUGAUGAAAAUCUGAACAAUGACUGUGGAAAUCACCCAGGCAUUAUAGAGGAAGAUUUAUGUAACACUGAGAAUUCUUCAGAAGACACAUCAGCAGAUCAACAAGAUAACCUUGAUAAGGGUACAUUUUCAGGAGGGACUACCACAAAAGCUAAGGAUGAGCUCAAACCAUGAGUCUGAGAUUUUAAAAAUCAUUGUUUAACUUUGAAUGAAGCAAAUUAUUCAUUGCUUCUUCAUUUUGGUUGAAAUUUCCAGCUAGUGUAAGUUCACGAGGCGAUGCUUGCUGCAAAUGCAUCAGAUUAGGCUUCUGUUAGGUUAAUGAAUUUUGUUUUUUUCAACCUCAGUUUAUCAGCAGUCAGCCAGGUGUGUCUCUUUAAAACAGUUGUGCAUAUUGAAAGCUAAGAAAUUCAUUAUCUUUUUCAGACAGAUUGCACACAAAAGCUUAUCUACUUUUUAAAAUUCAUCCAGAAUUUAAAAAUAUACAAAAAUAAAGUGCAACAACUAAAAAGCUUUGGAACAUCAAAA